AUGGCUUCUACUAAACGCUCUUUGGAAGUUGAACCCCCGACUUCAACUAAAAAGCCUCGAAUCAACGUAAACAGUCAACAUUUUGAGAGAUUUGUUACGGAAAACGUUACUAUUUCGGAGUCUGAUGAUUCUUCGGCUGAUGAAAAUGACAUCCUACCACCAGAGGCAGAAGAAGCUGAAGUAGACUCGGGUAGUGACGAGAAUAUUCCCUUAGCGGAACUCCUCUGUGAUGUACGAAUAGAAAAAACCGUCCUUGAGUCAGACACUGAAGGACCUUUGACAUCACAGGAAUUCACAAGAAAAUAUUAUUAUGGGAAACGAAGAUGUAUGAAGUGGGCAACAGAACCUCCGUCUAGAAAUCGACGUACUCCUGCUCAUAACAUUGUGAUACCAAUUGCUAAUGUGAAUGUCCCUGCAGAAAGUGAACCAGAAAGUUUAUUCAGUUUGUUUCUUAGUCAAAACAUAAAAGACAAAAUUAUACUUCACACAAACGAAAGACUCGAGAUAUUGAGGCAAAAAUAUAAAAGGACAAACAAACCAGAAUUGAAAGAUAUAGAUGAAAUUGAGUUUGAUGCCUUUUUGGGCUUGUUAGUAUACAGUGCGGCUUUCAAAUCGAAUGACGAAGAUAUGAAUGCCUUAUUCGCAACUGAUGGUACUGGUAGAGACAUUUUUAGAGCAGUAAUGUCCAAGGAAAGAUUUCAAAUGAUUUUAAUCGCUCUUCAGUUCGAUGAUUUUUCUACUAGAGAAGAAAGGAAAUUGGCUAAUGUGGCUGCUGCUGUAUCCGAAAUAUUCGAGAAAUUUGUUUCCAAGUGUCAAAAAUAUUACAGGCUGGGUGAUAAUACAACAAUUGACGAAAUGCUUCUAUCUUUUAGAGGGAGAUGUCGGUGGAAGAAGUAUAUGCCAAAUAAACCGCGUAAAUACGAUUUAGAAAUAAAGUGUUUGACUGACGGAAGAAAAGGAUAUUUGUAUAUUGCUUACUUAUAUACUGGAAAGAACAGUGAUGGCUUGGGUCUCUCACAAAAUGAAAAGAAAUUGCUUUUACCGUCUCAGUGUAUUCUAUGUUUAUCAAAGCCGAUUCCGAAUACCAAUCGUAACACUACUGCGGAUAACUAUUUCUCGUCUAUUGACGUUUGUGAUGACUGA